AUGGUGGUUCUAAAUUCUACCGACAUGUAUGAAUGUCGAGUGUUAUACAUCGGAAGUGCGCCUCCUAUAGAGACGUUGAAGGGGACGGAAGCGUUACAGGAGCCGCUGAAUCAGCGUUAUCCGUCAAAUCUCGAUGACGUUGAGGGAAUUGACGCCAACGUACGGGUACUUCCGACGGCGCUGGAGAUUACGUAUGUCGCUUCCGGUCAGCAGCUGCUCUUCCCGUUAGAGCGACUCGCAAUCUGCGCCGCCGUACGCGCGGUCAUCAUGACGGACGGCACAACAGGUGAACAGACGCGCCGAUUUGUUCCGGUCAACGAACUGUCGCCGGAGCACGGCCGUCAUCCGGCUAUUUUCUCGGCCAUAAUUCGCCGGAGCCAGGGACGUCAAAUCGCGGAGUGUCAUGCUUUCAUCUGCAACUCCACCCGGGACGCCCUCCAUCUUGUGAAUGCUACAGCUUCUGCAAACAUGCAUUUAAAACAAAGAAAGGGAAACUAUACGACAACAACAAACGGAAACGAUGACGUCAUCAUUCAAGCGCAGGUUGUGAACGGUUACGCUGAAAAUGGUGCACAUGAACAUACUACGAAUACGGACCGCGACUGGGAUCGAGUUGAUAGAGAGGUCUACAUCAAAACCGUCGGCGAUAUGGACAAUACUCAUUAUCAGAUUGAACAAUCUCAGGUCCAGUCCGAACCACCGGAAACUAUCUAUAUUACUUUCGACAAGUCCAAUUUGAGACCGAAAGGUGAUGACACGCUAGAAGUUGUCAGCACCCCAGCCCCACAUGCAACCGCAACGGAAUACGCAGAGAGACGUUAUUUCGCCCCGCCCACUCCCGCACCGCGUACAAUUGUAGUGCCGCGGCCGAUGUACGCUCAGCCACGUUACACGACAAAACGGCCGGUAGCACCGCCUAUGCAACCCGCCCCAGCAAGGUUUGUCUACUCUAGGCCACUUCCGCAACCACCACCGCAACCAGUUUUCAUGCGGCCGCCCCCGAGGCCAAUGUACAUACGGCCUCCGCCGCCACAACCAAUGUAUGCUCGUCGGUUUAUGACGCCUCAGCCUAUACCAAUGCGGUACGUCGCCCCAGCACCCAUGUACAUGCGAACACGGGCGCGCUCUGCGUCCCCUAUGCGCUACGCGUCGUCAGACAUCCGUGCAAAUAAAGGGCGCUAUCAGCCCAAAUGGGAGGGCCGCCCAAAUAGUGAAAACGGACUAAGAAUGUCCCGACGGGAUAUGUUUCUAAAUGAGAAGGCCUUCUCCCGUAGGAUGCACGCGGAUAACAGAAUUUCGCGAUCCACAGCUGCCUACCACUACCCGACGGCGUACGACCUCCACGAUGCCAUGUUAUACGACCGGCCGACGACGAAAUCCAACCCUCGGUACAGCAGCUCCGACAGCAGCUCGGACAAGGGUGACCGUAGAAGGUCGCCGCGUAGAUCAACCCGAAGAUAA